AUGAUCAAAGAGGAGGAGGGCGAUGAUGGUAUCAUCGAGGGAGUUAAAGGCUAUGCCUCCCUCCUGGCUCGCCCCACUAAGCGCUCCACCAUCACCUCCAGAGAGAUCCAGAUCUCUGUGUGCCUGCUGCCGCCUGGGGAGAUGGGCAAACAAGCCAUGUCUGAGGCCAGCAAGGCUGUCAUCAGACAAGACUCCACUGCAGUCAUGCUUGUGAAGGGAAGGACAGGAUAUUGCUACAAACUGCUCCAAGAGACAGAUGGAAAGCCAUAUCCUCAGAAGGUGGUUUGCAGUUACCGUAGAAACGUGACGUCAGUAAGGCGACCGUCACGACUUUUUAAUGGAGACCGAAGCGGCCUGGCUAAGAGAACAGGUUUUGCCUUCAGGGGUUCGGGAGUGAGUUGGAAGACUCCUCAGGCCGGUGGCCGAGCUCAUAUCAAGUGUCUGAAGGAAGCAGGCUGUGAGAGUCUGUGUCCAGAGGGCGGCUGGAGCUUCUACUCCAGAUUCAAGGGCAGUGGUCCUGAGGAGACCCCAAUGGUUCACACGUCUUUGGUGGGAUCUGAUUCCUGGUUCAAGCGGGGUGCUGGAAGAGCGGGUGACCCAAAAACGCAAACAGGAGAAGAUAAGAAGAGCUCCAAGAAAAGCCUGCUGUCCCUAGACAAAGAACCAGAAGAGGGAGGACCUUCUAAGAAAGAAAGCCUUUGGACAACAACUGCCCUAAUAUCACAGAAUGAAACACAGCUGCACCCUCACCACGGCAGCAAAGACUGAGCAGGAGGGAGUUCCCAUUGUGGCUCAGGGGUAACAAACCCGACUAGUAUCCAUGAGGACUCGGGUUCGAUCCCUGGCCUAGCUCAGUAGGUUAAAGUCCCAGCAUU